AUGCCUUCUAUUAGUCGCAUACACAAAUACGAGCAUUACGUGUACAGAGCUCAUUUUCAAGGACAGCGGAAGGAAUUCGACUUUCACGAAUCAGAGUUCGCGGGCGUCGGAGCGUGGCCGACAGACGACGACGACGACGACGACGGCGGCGGCAGCGGCGGCGAGGUGAACAGACACUACGACGACGGCUACCUAUCGUCGGCAGCAGCAGCGGCGACGGGCGCGUGUAGCAAGCACGUACACCACCACCACCACCAUCACCACCACAACGUGAACGACGCCGACGCACACGCCACCUGCCCCGUGCACGGAUCGUCACGCCACCUGGAGGGCGCUAGCGAGGACGUCGACACGCGGGCGCACCACGCAUGCGCGCUUCACGGCGCGGCGGCGACGUCGUCACACGCGCAUGCGCCGUACGUCGGUUACGAGCUUCCUCCCCGCCAGCAGCAGCAGCAGCCACCGCGCAGUGCGCAUGCGCGGCUGACGGUGAGUCUGUCGGACAUUGAGGAGUUGGCGGAGAGCUCGGGCGUCGACGGUGACGACGUCGGCGGUCGUCUGGCGCGUCGGCAGCCGCGCCGCAUACCGACGCCAGAUUACUCUAGCUGCUCGAGUGUAGAGCGACUCUACAGACGCGCUAGAGACAACGUGUUCUCACGCAGCGACGCCCUGCACCGACACAACGCCACCUGCCGGCACCACCGACGACACCAGUCCGCCGGAAGCAUGGCCGACCUCCCCGAAAGUGUCGACGACGCUGGUUUCGCGCAUGCGUCGUUGCAUUCGUGGUCGGCGCCCGACGUUACGCUGCGAGGGUCGUCGUCGUCGCCGCAAGACAGACACGCACGGGGGCGCUACGAUCGCGGCGUAGUCGCUGGUGACGAUAUACACGCGCCAUCUGGCGGCUUCGGGGAGCGUGUUGUGAACAUGAAGGGUCUGUACGGAGUUCCGCGCGCAUGCGCAGCCGACCAGGGCCGACAGAACUUGAGAUACAACCCGUUGUUUGAGGAGGCGGGGCCGCAGCAGAGCUACGUGUACGGUGUACGGAGCCAGCCCGCAUACGUGGCGCCCCUGCCGGCCGUGGCUGAAAACACUAGCCAGUAUAACAUACAGGUGUACACGAUCAACAGUAAUGUGUACAGCGUCGGUGCGGCGGGCAACAAGACCAACGACGGCAGCGCCACCGCACCCGUGAACGCAGGGGCCGUUGCCGUGGAGAUCGUUCCCAAGCAUGCGCAGUACGGCGCUGGCCUGCUGCGCAAGCUGAGCGGGGAGGAGCGACGUAAGCGCAUCUGCUACCUGGGUCUAGCUUUCGCCGCUCUCGUCGCCUGCCUGUCCGUCGGCAUAUGGAUGGCCGUCUAUUUCGAUAGACACAGCAGCUCCUGAUGAUGAUGAUGAUGAUGAUGAUGAUACCACUUUACCCACCCCCUCCGACCCACCCCCGAACUUUAUACUGUCUCUUCAGCUUUCCCCCUUCUCUCUCUCUCUCUCUCUCUCUCUCUUUCUGGCUCUCUUCCUCAAGCUCUUUCUAUCUUUCUUCCUUCCAUUCUAUGUCACACGCUAUACUUCUCAGCUGUUCUUUACGCAACCAAUGACUCUGUUGGCCAACUAUACGCUCAUAGACAAAUGUGUUCAUGUUAAAACAUGCAUCUCAGUUUUAGUAGCAUACGUAGUAUAGGUACAUAGAUAUUGCUGUAAUAGCAUGAUUGUAUCAUUGUAGCAUGAUUGUAUCAUUGCUCUUGUGUAAAUGUAAUACACUUAUUUUCGAAAAUAAAACAGACAUGUUUAUGAAUAUCAUACAAUUCAAGCUUCCGAUUUUAGAAAUAAUUAUCAUGACUAUAACAAACUUAAAUUGCAAUCUAGUAAUAAACUACUUCUAUGAUCAAAUUUCUAUUUAGAAUUUUAGCCAUACUCAUAAAAUAUGUCGUAAAAGAAAUCUCCAAUCUAAGAGCACACU